AUGGGCAAAAGAAUACGUCCCAAGUCCAGGAGCAUCACCCGUGUUCCCCCUGUACAUCAUCCCCUUGUGUCCUUCAGAGUCCUGUCCCGGUCCAAGCCUCUGGUCUUGGACUCCGACCAGAACCAGUCCGUGAAGAAGUUCUGCCAGCAGCACCGCAAGGAGGCCAGGCUACGCCGGUUUUGUUCUGUGGAUCCAGGACUGGUGCAGGCCAUUGUGCACGGUACCAGGCUGACCGUGGACAGCUGCCAGUCCCUGUUCCAGUGGGAGCCCUGGCAGUGCGACCUGCUUCAAGACAAACGCCGGCAUCUUCUCAAAAAAGUGUACAGGGAGACAGCCCUGGUGUACGCCCUGGCAGCAGCGGGGCUGACCCACAGCGUGGCCCGAGGUUGCAGCUCGGGGCGGCUGAGCAGUCGCUGCUCGUGCAACGAGUCCGGCAGUCGGACGUUGUCGGCCACGGAGAGCGACCAGAACUGGAAGUGGGGAGGCUGCGGGGACAACUACAGCUUCUCCGCCAAGUUCUCGAGGAAGCUGCUGGCAAGGAACAAGAGCCGCCGGCCCAGGACGCUCAGGAGGCCCGUCGACAACCAUAACCUCGUGGUCGGCAUUAGGGUGCUGAGGCACGGCAUCAGGCGAGUCUGCAAGUGCCACGGUCUCUCGGGCUCCUGCUCCGCGAAGACCUGCUGGGAAGAGUUGGCCCACUUUCCGGAUGUGGCAAAAGCCCUGAAGCGGAAGUACUCCAAAGCCAUCAUGGCCCAGGUGGAGAACAAGCCAGACUUCGCCUCCACCGAGGUUGUCAGCAAGCUCAAAAAGACUCUCUUGACCAGGACAACUCAGAAGCCCAAAUGGCUCCGGGCUGUGACGGCCGAGCUGCAGCGACUCGGCAGGGACAGGCUCGUGUACCUCGAGGAAUCACCGUCCUUCUGCGAACGGAACGUCCUCACCGGCGGGAUGAGUCAGAGACGCUGCCGGGACCACGCUCACUGCGAGCAGGUGUGCUGCGGACGUGGACAUCGGAGCUUCUCCGAGACGGUGCAAGAGAGGUGUCACUGUCGCGUCGUCUGGUGCUGCCAGCUGGAGUGCAAGACGUGCACCGUCCUCAAGUACUCGCACUCGUGCCACUGA